CCUCCACCUACCUCAUAUCCCUUCUCCCAUCAAUUGAACACACAUUGGUGUCGGUCGUUCUCCCACAAUGUUCGCACGUCAAGCCCUCCGCUGCGCUCAGCCCCUCAAGCAGGGUCUCCGCAAGUACUCUACGGAAGCCCCCAAGGCCAAGGCCUCUUUGGCUCCCAUCUACAUCGGUGUCGGUCUCGCUGGUCUCGGUGCCGGACUGUACCGCUACAACUCUUCCUCUGCCACCGCCGAGGCCCCCGUUGUCGACCGUCCCAAGACCUUCAAGGGUGGUGACCAAGGAUGGUUUGACCUGAAGCUGUCGGAGAUUGAGGUUCUGAACCACAACACCAAGCGCCUGCGCUUCGAGUUCGAGGACAAGGAGGCUGUCUCCGGUCUUCAGGUUGCCUCUGCUCUCCUGACCAAGUUCAAGCCCGCCGGCGAGAAGGUCGUCAUCCGUCCUUACACCCCUACCAGCGAUGAGGAAACUCCCGGUUACAUCGACCUCGUCGUCAAGGUCUACCCCAACGGCCCCAUGUCGGAGCACCUGCACAACAUGAACGUCGGCCAGCGCCUCGACUUCAAGGGCCCCAUCCCCAAGUACCCCUGGGAGGCCAACAAGCACAACCACAUCUGCCUGAUCGCCGGUGGCACUGGUAUCACCCCCAUGUACCAGCUUGCCCGCCAGAUCUUCAAGAACCCCGAGGACAAGACCAAGGUCACCGUUGUCUUCGGCAACGUCACCGAGGAGGACAUCCUCCUGAAGAAGGAGCUUGAGGAGCUCGAGAACACCUACCCCCAGCGCUUCCGGGCCUUCUACGUCCUCGACAAGCCCCCCAAGGAGUGGACCGGCGGCAAGGGCUUCAUCUCCAAGGAGCUCCUGAAGACGGUCCUGCCCGAGCCCAAGGAGGAGAACAUCAAGGUGUUCGUCUGCGGUCCCCCCGGCAUGUACAAGGCCAUCAGUGGAACCAAGAACAGCCCCUCGGACCAGGGCGAGCUGUCCGGUGUGCUGAAGGAGCUGGGCUACACCAAGGAGCAGGUUUUCAAGUUCUAGAUGGGGUGUAUAUGAAGACCUCGUUGUAUUUUUGAAUUGGAUCCUGUCAUGUUUAGACCAUUUGAGCGACUAGAGCUCUACCGGGCAAUAUCUAUACCCAUCCAUUAUCAAAACACUCUCACAGCCAAC